UACACAUUCAAAGAGAGGUACAGGAAGCGAAGAGAAGAGAAGAGAAGAGCGUGCAUAUAUAUCUACCUGCAAGGAACUCUCUCUAUAUAUAUAUAACUAUAUAUGCAUAUCUACAGUGUGAGAUUGUCAUGGGAAACAAGACAAUGAAACUAGAGCACUCUCUUGGACUUGAACCAACAACGGCGGCUCCUCCUGCGACGGGGAGUUCAAACCAAAGUGGAUCGAAUGAUUUUGUGAAGAAAUUGUUUCAGAUGCUCCAAGACGAUGGAUACAAGGAAGUGGUGAAAUGGACCACGAAUGGGGACAGUUUUGUGGUGCUAAACACCAACGAAUUCACCAAGGAGAUUCUUCCUCGGCAUUUCAAACACAGUAAUUUUGCGUCGUUUGUGCGACAGUUAAACAAGUAUGAUUUCCACAAAGUCAAGAUACCGAAUGAAGAGAAGCAGAAUUACAAGUAUGGAGACGAUGCAUGGGAGUUCAAACAUCCUGACUUUCGUAUUAAUGACCGGGAAUCCCUUGAGAACAUCAAGCGGAAGGGCCCAACUGCGAAGAAGGGAGGCGGUGCAGGAGCCGGAUCUGGAGGAGCACAAGGACAAUACGCUGGAGGUGGUUCCGGUGGGGCUGGUAGUGGAGGUAAUGGAGACUUUGGAUCCUCGACACAAUUGGCCAACAUUAACGAAGAAUUGAAUGCAUUGAGAACGGAAAAUAAGACGCUUUUCCAUGAACUUAAUGUUAUGCAAACCAAAUAUAAGGCUGUGGUGGAGAACUUGGUGACCCUUAAAAACUUUGAUGAGCGAUAUUAUAAUUCUAUGAGGAUGUUGGUGAAUUGUCUAGCACAGGCAGGGAUAAAACUCCCACCAUUGGACUUCCCCAACCCUAAUCUAAUGAACUUGCAACAACCUCCACCGCCACCACAUUUAACGUCAUUACACCAACGGGCACAUUCAUAUUCCAGUUCGGUGAACCAUGUACCGACUCCCAUAGGGGUCGGCAGUCCAGCAUUGACACUUGGAAGGCCCUUUGAUCCUCCUUUCAAUUCUAUAAUGUCACAGACCCAGGCCACACCUCCGGGCACUGGCACUGCCACAGGAACUAGCACUGCCACCGGACCUCCACCACCACCUCCUGCCGGAGUAGGUAUGAUGCCUCUACCAAUACGUGGGCUGGGUCCUGGUAGUGGUCCGGGGCCGGUGCCGGGGCCAGUUCCUGUGCCCGUUCCGGGCCAAGGACAAGGUUCAGUUCGACCCACGGGGAGCUUUGAUUCACUUUCCGUGGCCCGUGGCUCACCACAAUUAAACGCAGCCAUGAGAUCUCCUGCUACCUUGGGUAAGGGGACACUUGAUGGUACUAAUACACCCGUAACCCAAGCCAGUGGAGUAGGCACUUCAGUGGCUCCUUCUGGACCAGGAGGAUCUGGAUCUGGAGCGGUAUCCGUGCUGCCAGUUGAUCAUGCACAAAUAACCACCACCAAUCUUCCCAACCCAAAAUUCCAUGUUCUAUUGGUUGAAGAUGACAAUGUUUGUAUCCAAUUAUGUAGAAAAUUUUUGGUCAAGUAUGGAUGUCAAGUGACAGUUGCCACAGAUGGUUUGAAUGCCAUUCUGACGGUGGAACACACAAAGUAUGACUUGGUUCUUAUGGAUAUAGUGAUGCCCAAUCUAGAUGGUGCCACUGCCACCAGUGUGAUUCGAUCCUUUGACACCAAAACUCCAAUUAUAGCAAUGACAGGAAAUAUUGAAGAAUAUGAUUUGGUUACAUAUUUGCAGAAUGGAAUGUCUGAUAUUCUUGCCAAACCAUUCACUAAGGAUGAUCUUUAUUCGAUUUUGAGUAAACAUCUUUUGACGCCUAGUACUGCUGAAGGUACAACCAGUGGUGGAGACCCCCUUCAAGCGGCUGUUCAACCACCGCAGACAAACUUAGUACAUUCGUCCGAUACGCCUGGAUCCGAUCCUAGUAUCUCUACUAAGAAGCAGAGACUACAAUAAAACCCAUCUGUAUGAUUACCUGU